AUGAAUCGGUAUGAGGAAGAAUUGAUUGACUUUGGCAAACAGCUGGACACCUCCGUGAUGAUCAAAAGGAAUACUUCAGUAUGCCAUUAUGGGAAAAUUGGUGAUAUGCUGAAGAAUAUGUUACAAACUUUCUACUGUCCAGCUGAAGCGAGUGACCGAUUAUGCAAAAUCCUUUAUGUAUUUUGUCUUACUUCAUUUUUUGCUGCAAAUCUCUUGGAAGAGAAGAUUUUCGAUUACACCAUUAUUGUGGCCGAUAAGUCACUUUCUGUCAUCUUCACGAUAUAUAGUUGGCCAGCAAUUGCACUUGGACAAAUGGUAUGUUUAAGUAGGCAUAGGGCACUCGAGAAAGUAAACAGAGGUCGAGAACAGAACUCGAGCCGGAUCAAGGAUAAUUUACAGUCUGAACGAGUACCCUCGGGAAAUGAGAUAACGAACGACCGGAAGAGUGCCUUUCUAAAUGUGGCUUAUCCAUUCUUUGACCUUUACCUUAUGUGGCCUAGUGUACUGAGGACAGUUUUCACCAAUAUUUCAAUUCCUGAACAACAGAUUCCACACGACCCACCCGAUGACUAA